GAAUUUACUUCUCUUGUCCCCUUCAAGUUUAUUACAUUUCACAAAAAUACCCCCCCCAAAUAAAAAUAAAUAACAUUACUAUCCAGGUGAGAUCACAUCUGGCAGUGAUUGGGAGUCCCAUUGGGCUGCGCACAAUUGGCCCAGCAUUGUCCGGUUUUGGCGGGGUAGGUCGUCAUUGAAAAAAUACUUUGUUCUUAACUGACUUGCCUAGUUAAAUAAAGGUUAAGUAAAUUAAUAAAAAUACAUCAAGAAUGUCAUAGUAGAGAUCAAAAUAUGUUGAAUGCAAUUUUGUUGCAGACAUUAGUAAGCUUUUCUAUUGACUAAAAAAGGCCCAAGGCCCAGCAUCGACGUCACUCACCCUUCCCCAGUCCCUACGGGAUGGGGUGCAUUGAAUUCGGGGAGAGCGUUCGUGCACUGGUGCUCCAGCGCGCGACCUGCUACCCUGCACGAAACAGCUCCCUGCUUGCAUAACUUUUUGAUACAUCGCAUCCGCCAAGCACUGAAGUUCUACGAAAGUAACACAAUGGGUUGCUUCGAAUGCUGCAUCAAGUGUCUGGGCGGCGUGCCCUACGCCUCGCUGGUGGCCACCAUCCUCUGUUUCUCGGGCGUGGCUCUGUUCUGCGGGUGUGGUCACGUGGCGCUGACCGGCACACUGACCAUGCUGGAGAAUCACUUCUCUCAGAUCACCACUGACCACGCCACCCUCACCAUCGUGAUCCAGACCAUGCAGUACGUCAUCUACGGCAUUGCCUCCUUCUUCUUUGUUUAUGGGAUCAUCCUGCUGGCUGAGGGCUUCUACACCACCAGCGCCGUCAAGAAGGAGCUGCAGAGCCAGUUCAAGACCACCGUGUGUGGCCGCUGCAUCACAGCCACGUUUGUGUUCCUUACGUAUAUCCUGGGCCUGGCCUUCCUGGGGAUCUUUGGCUUCUCAGCCAUUCCCGUCUUCCUCUUCUACAACAUGUGGACUACCUGUGCUGCCAUGAAGUCCCCCAUGGCCAACAUCACCGAUCCUGACUCCAUCUGUGUGGACGUCAGGCAGUACGGUAUUAUUCCAUGGAAUGCGACACCCGGAAAAGCCUGCGGAUCUACACUAGGAGACAUCUGUAGCACCAGCGAGUUCUACCUGUCUUUCCACCUGUACAUUGUUGCGUGUGCUGGGGCAGGCGCCACCCUCAUUGCAUUGAUCCACUAUCUGAUGAUCCUGUCGGCAAACUGGGCCUACCUGAGGAGCUCCUGCAACCAGAACGAGUACCAGGACAUCAAGACAAAGGACGACGACGUGGAGGAAGGUGGCUCCAAGGAGGGUCUCAACUCCUCUUACUCAUAAGAACCGGCCAACCACCCCUUCACACACUUCCUCAAACCUAACCUCCAACCCCCUUCUGGGUAAAACCAACACCUGGGUCUCCUUCACUAUGGGCGGUGUUCUGACUUGAGAUAUGUUCACUCAACUCAAAUUUUCACACUUUGGCUACGUUUACACAGGGAGCACAAAUCUGUUAUUUUUUCCCACUAAUUGGUCCUAUGACCAAUCAUAUCUUUUCACAUCAACUCUUUUUCAGAGCUUAUCUGAUUGGUCAAAAUACCAAUUAGUGAACAAAAUAGAAUUGGAAUUGGAUAUAAUAGAUAAUAGAAUCAGAAUUGGACUGAAUUGGAUCAGAAUUGGACUGCCUGUGUAAAUGAAAUGCAGCCCAUGUCUUCCAUUAACAUCAAUGGACAAGUUGAGUCAAGUCUGAGUUGAGCACACUUUUCUCAAAUCUGAAUCAUGUCCUUUGUCCAAACAGGAGCAAACGAACAGGUAUAUGAGAAGUUCCUAUUGGAUGAGCUCAGGUUAGGUGGUACCUCUUCCCGUUUGCUCUCGAUUGGACCGUUACUGAGCGCAACCCUGCUGCCAUAGCCUAACUGCUCUGAGUCAAUCACAGCCCAGCACUAACACAGCGAAUAACCGCCUCACAACAAGGUCACUGUCUGCACAACUCCUGAGGAAGCGUGCCACAAAAUGUCCUGUUUCUUUGGUGUUUUAUAUAUAUGAAUAUAUUGUGCGAAUGUGUAUGUAUGAAUGUUUUUUUUUUUUUUUAUACUACUGGUCUUCUCUUAUUUCUGGUAUUUUUCUCCUUUGGUUAUCUUAUCGCAACCCUGUUUUACCUGAUUUAGUUUUUUGCUUUUUUUAUGGUAAUGCUUGUAUCAAAAAUAUAAAGAAGUAAAGUAGACUUCCAAAACCCAUGUAAACAUUACAUACACAGCAUCUCAGGGUGCCUCUCAUAGAAUAUAGUCCUACUAUUACGUUAACUUUCCCAAUCCUUUGUUGACACCCAGCAAUUUCUGUUAAGUAAUUCUUCAUUUUGGCCUGAGGAGAAAAACGUGUGCUGUACCCUAACCGGAUUGGACACAUUCACUAAUGUGACUGUUGGCCUAAAGCAGCAGUUCUGUCAGCAGCUGUCUGCAGUGUUAACACAUUACCUUGACCCGCAAGGGAAACAUCUAGCCUGGUCCCAGAUCUGUUUGUGCUGUCUUGCCAACUCCUAUGGUCAUUGUCGUGUUAUUAUGACCAUAGGAAUUGGCAAGACAGCACAGACUGAUCUUGGACCAGGCUAGUGAACCUCCACCUAGCCCUCUGUAUGGCAGUUUUUCUCUGGAAACGGCAUUGCUUCUAAACCCACAGGACUAACCAACACUCAAGGUCAGAUUGCCUUGUUCUGUUUGUAAGUGAUACAUUAUACAUACCUCAGGUACUAAACCAAAAUAAAAACUCCACUAGCCUGGUCCCAGAUCUGUUUGUGCUUUAUAGCUCCUAUGUUUGGCAUGCUAAUGACCAUAGGAGUUGGCAAGACAGCGCAAAUAGCUCUGGGACCAGGCUAACACUUCACUGAUUAAGCACACACUUGUUACAUGGCAAUGCCACAGCUGAAGUGAACAUAACAAAAGGCCCAAUGUUUGUUCAUUGUGUUCAUUGUACACAACUGUGAAGGGUGGAUUUCUUUCUCCUCCCGGUUUUUGGAAUCAUACAUUCACUUUCCUCAAGACAAGUAAACCCUUAAAGGGGUGAAGUUCACCUGUAAAUAUACGGACCGCCCCAAAGGGAGUUCCAUUGACUGACAUCUCCUGAAUGUGGAGAGCACGGUCAAUGUUUUACCAUGCUAUUUUACCUUUGAUUAUCAAUAUGUAAAUGUUUCCUUUUGGAGUAUAUGUUUAGCAUCCAAUGACUUGUUCGGCAUUAAAUAUAAUAGUAAUGUGACAUCUUUUAAAACGGUAUGUUGUGAGAAGGAAGCAAAUACAGUCAUGAUAGCGGUGGUGCUUGUAUUGUAUACAUUUUGAAAUGUGAAGAAAAAAAAUGUACAAAAUGGUUUUCAAUGUUUUUUUUUAUCAGUUUUAGGCAGCUGAAUCUUUCCCUGGGCUAAAGUAAUGAAUAACUUGUCUUUGACAUUAUUUGUAAUUAUUUUACAUUGGCAAGCCAAAUGAAAGUGACUCAUCUGUCAUACUUUUAGGCCUGUUAUAUGAACAGAUGCCGUUUGGAUGUUUACAAUAUAACAAGUCAUGAAUCUUCUUUUCCCCCGCCCCAGAUAUCAUUUGAUUAUCAUGACCUAUUCUAUAAUAAUGAUCACUGAGUAGUUCAAGUGCUUCGGACUAUAAGUUAUCUGCAUUUUAGUCUAAAUUGAGUUAGUGACACAGCCUUGUUCUGUUCAAUGUUCUCUACCUACAUUCAGUAUACUCUAAAUAACAUGAAUUGGGGUAAGUUCAAACUAAUUCAAAAGAAUACAAGAUAAAAAAAAUGGCUGACCCCAUUCAAACCAACGAGGGCUCGAAGCUGUAAAGCCAAUUAUCUCUGAAUCAUCUUUUUGCAAGUAGAACCUUAUAGUCCCAAGUUAUCUUCCUCACACCAGUGAAACGAUGAUUUAUUUAACUUUCAUAUGAAAAGGCAUGUCGGUAUUGUCCACGUGUGCAAACGUCUAAAUACUGAAAAAAGGACUAUAUUCCCAUGUGUGUUAUGUUUGAUAUAAUACAGUGUGCUUUGCCACCAGGUUGAUGUAGGCAAGGGCAUGUGCCGUUUCAUAUAAGAUGCGUGUCAGUCAGGGUGUGUUGUCGUUUCCUCGUUAUUGCAUGAAGGCGACAUGACUGUGUCUUUGCAGUUUUUCAGGUGAUGUGUAGUCAAUUGUACUGACAACUAUGGUAGGCAGCGUUUGCCCCCACUCAACUCUUUUUUUAAAAGAUAUCCAUUGUACCUUGAUGACAUUGUAGACCCUGUAGUUGUUUCAUUGUUUUUCUUUUUAAAGUUUUAAAUAGUUAUAUGACUCCUGUAUAGUGAUGAUUUUUGUAACCUUCUCUAGUAAAACCGAUAUUUUAUCGUGAAA